AUGGAGGCCGAGGGUGGUUUGGAACACUGGGCCCGCUGCUGCGGCCCUGGGGGCUACGCCUGCCUGCCGAGGGGGUUACGGCUUGGUGAGUCAGACUGUGGGAGCAUUUGUUGUGCUGAACCUUACAGUUCUCUUUCUACCCAGCUGAGUCAGAAGAACUGCUUAGUGAAGACUCUGAAGAGGUUUUAGAAGCAGUUAGAAAGAGAAGGAGGAAAGUUUGAGGCAACAAAAUGUGCCUUUAUUCCAAAGACCUUCAAAAUGCCUUCAGAGUACCAUUUGUUUGUGGAAGAAUUUCGCAAGAAGCCUGGCAUCGCUUGGGUUGUGAAACCGGUAAGUGUGUCACAACGUGAAGGAAUUUUCCUGUUCCAAAAACUGAAGGAUAUUGUUGACUGAAGAAGGGCAACAACAAAGUUUCUUACCUUUGACUUGAGAGUUGAUGUUCUAGUGACAUCUUACAUCCCACUGAAGGCCUGGUUAUCCAGAGGUGGAUUUGCUCGCUUUUCUAAUACACGAUUUACUCUGAAUAGCAGAGAUGAUCGCUAUGUUCAUCUCACAAAUGUGGCAGUGCAAAAGACUGCACCUGGUUAUGAUCCCGGGAAGGGCUGUAAGCGGGUGACUGAGGAGCUCGGACACCGCUUGACCGCCAAGCGUGGGGCAGGGUUGGUGGAAGUUCUCUUUGUGGCUAUGGACAACACUUUCACCCACAGCCUCCAGAGUGUACAGAAGGUGAUUAGCAGUGACAAACACUGCUUUGAGCUCUACGGCUAUGACAUCCUGAUCCAUCAGGAUCUGAAACCUUGGCUUCUGGAGGUGAAUGCUUCGCCUUGCCUCACCGCCAGUAGCCAGGAAGACUGUGAACUCAAGUGUCAUCUACUCAAAGACACACUUUGUAUUGUGGACAAGGAAGGCAGGCUGGCGGGGAAGGAGAAGCGUGUUGGAGGCUUUGACCUGGUACGGAACGACAGGCCUGUCAGCAGAGGGGGAGAGCUGGGUACUCCAGUGAACGAGAACGUCAUGGCAAACACACGUUUAGGCUGCUACGAUGACAGCAAGAAACAACUGAAGCAGCUUUUCAGUAAUGCUGAUCCCGAGCUUGGGAUGGGAGAGAUCACCAUGGAUGAAGUUCACUCGCUCUUCCUUUAAUGUGCAGUGGCAGUUCCCACUUCUCUCCGGACACUGCU